AUGGAAAACGCCUUCUACAUAUACACCAAGAACGAGGCUGAUAUGGACAGCAGAACUUUCGUAAAAAUUUUGAAGGACGCUAAAUUGCUGAACAAAAAAGUGACGGCCGUGGAUGCGGAUCUCACCUUCGCGAAGGUUAAAGCGAAAGGAGCCAAAAGAAUUAACUAUGACCAGUUUGUUGAAGCAGUUAAGCAUUUGGUAGACAAGCACAAGUUGGAUUAUGGCCAGUUUGUAGAAACAUUAUGCAAUGAAGCUUCUAAUGGACCAAUCCUUUAUGGGACCAAAGCUGCCAAUGUGAGGUUCCAUGAUGACAAGUCGACCUACACGGGGGUUCAUAAGAUGGGCGGACCAACCAUCAUUGAUAAGAACAAGACGCAAUUUUCUGACAUAUCCGAAAUUACAGAUCGUUCGGAAUGCAACAUACGGGGAGUUAAUCUCAGCGUUGAGAAGAAUUUGUAG